AGUCUUUUUUCAAAAUUCUACUAAAUGGCUGCUGAUUCGACAUCAAAAAGCAACGACGUCGACAUAAACGAAGCCUUGGACAACAUUUUUAUGUCAGAACAAAAUAUCCUCGAAGAAAACUACCAAAAAGGCUUCGAAACCGGAAAGGCACAAGGCAACACAGAAGCAUAUCACUUAGGCUAUCAUCGUGCUUCUGAGAUCGGCGCAGAGCUUGGUUACUACUUUGCCAUCCUAAAAAGACAACAACAGAACCCUUCGCCACACACAAGUGAACGUAUUUCAAAGUUAAUUUCAACUUUGCUGACCAAAAUUGAGGAAUUUCCACGUUUUAACGACCCGAACGUUGAUAUAAUUGGCUCUGUAACAGAAAUCCGCUCAAAAUAUCGUCAAAUUUGUGCCAGUAUUAAACUUAACAGCAAAUUUCCUGAAGCAAGUACUUUAUCCUUUUAA